AUGUCCGAAAUCACUCAUCCCACCAUCAAAGAUGGCUGGUUCAGAGAAAUCUCCGAUAUGUGGCCUGGCCAGGCGAUGAUCUUGAAGGUCAACCAAGUCCUGCACCACGAAAAGUCCAAGUAUCAAGAUGUCCUUGUUUUCGAGAGCAGUGACCACGGCACCGUGCUCGUCCUGGACAACGUCAUCCAAUGCACGGAGCGGGAUGAGUUUUCUUAUCAAGAGAUGAUCACACACUUGGCGAUGAACUCGCACCCAAACCCCAAGUCAGUUCUGGUCAUCGGCGGCGGUGACGGCGGUGUUCUGCGGGAGGUGGUCAAGCACGAGUCGGUCGAGAAGGCAAUCCUCUGCGACAUUGACGAGGCCGUCAUCCGAGUCAGCAAGAAAUAUCUGCCAGGAAUGUCCAUUGGCUUCCAACACCCGGCUGUUGACGUCCACAUUGGCGACGGUUUCAAGUUCCUUGCUGAUCGCAAGAACGAGUUCGAUGUCAUUAUCACCGACAGCAGUGAUCCAGAAGGCCCGGCCGAGUCCUUGUUCCAAAAGCCUUAUUUUGAGCUUCUCUAUGGAGCCCUAAAAGACGGUGGUGUCAUUACUACCCAAGCCGAGAACCAAUGGCUUCACCUGCCGCUCAUCACCAAACUCAAGAAAGACUGUAAGGAAGUCUUCCCUGUGGUCGAGUACGCCUACACCACCAUUCCCACCUAUCCUUCGGGCCAGAUCGGGUUCAUGGUCUGCUGCAAGGAUCCCAACCGGGACGUCAAGGUGCCCUUGCGGUCGUGGAGUCCGGAGGAAGAGGACAAACUGUGCAGAUACUACAACAAGGAGAUCCACCAGGCAAGCUUCAUCCUACCGACGUUUGCACGCAAGGCCUUGAAGUAA